AUGACAGCGAUAAUUGCUACGUAUAUGUGCUCGGUCACACAAAUGCCACUUUUGAUUGCUGUUACAUAUUUACUGGCUAUUAUUGCCAAAGCCGACGUAGAAAUACCAUCUGAAAUUGAAGACAUUGGCGAGGAACUAAAGAAAAAUUUUCCAGAAGAAGCUGAAGAGCUACCUAUAGGAGAUCGCGACGUACUAAGCGUACUAGAUGAAGAAACAGAAAUACUGGUAGAGCACAAAAAAAGGCGACUUAUUGUAGCUGAACUAACUCUCGACUACACAGAUAAGCUGCCAACAGGGAUUUGCUCGAUUUUAACAGCUCAGAAUUUUGAGUUGGUAGAUUACGAACCUAGGGCUAAUAACCCGUACACUACAAUGAAUUAUCCCAGUAUCCUUUAA